AUGGAUAAAUUUGGAUUGAAUGGGCUACUGUCGCUCGUCAAGAUGGAACAAACAGACCAAACUGUAUUUGCGAUAGGACAAGAUAUAAAUCUACUUGGAUUGGAUCUAUCUACAGACUCACAGAUCUUGAAAAAGCUACCAUCACCAUGGGCCGAAACUUCUAGGUCAGAAGUGGAGCCAUACUUCACGUUGCCACAUUCUAUCCGUUUUGAGAAUAUCAUACCUCCUCCUGAACCUUGUGACAGUAAGAUACAAUCGUUUUCAGAUGAAACAUUAUUUUAUAUCUUCUACAUGAAGCCUAGGGACACACUACAGGAAUAUGCGGCGCGCGAGUUAGUGGCAAGAAACUGGAGAUAUCAUAAAGACAUACAAGUAUGGUUAACUAAGGAUAGUAAUGUUGAACCUGUUCUAAUUAGCCAGGAUGUCGAAAAGGGUGUAUAUAUAUUCUUUGACCCACAUAACUGGGAAAAGAUUAAAAAAGAAUUUGUUCUACAUUAUUCUUCUGUGCAAGCGUAA